AGCUCCGUCACAGAUGACCGAAAAUAUCGAUAACCAGCUGUUAACGUGCGCUGUUAACCUCAACAGCAUAAACACAGCUGUUUUCGUUUACUAGCCAAUUUGUAUAUUUUUGUUUUCGUAAAAUGUCACUAUUUGCGUUUUUGAAGAGCCGCACCGUGUUCUGGCUGAGCCUCACAGGAACCACGACGGGAUUUGCCUUCUUUGUCAAGGACCUUAUGCAAGGCGGUCAGUUCACCAAAGAAACAGAUGAAACCGGCAAAGUGGUCAUCGUGACGGGUGCCAACACGGGGAUUGGCAAAGAAACGGUCAGGGAGAUUGCGAAGCGCGGUGGCACUGUCUACAUGGCCUGCAGGAACUUGAAGAAGUGUGAGGAGGCCCGCGAGGAAAUCGUUCUGGAAACGAAGAACAAAUAUGUGUACUGCCGUCAAUGUGACCUGGCUUCCCAGGAGUCCAUCCGCCACUUUGUUGCUGCCUUUAAGCGGGAACAGGACCACCUCCACGUACUUAUCAACAACGCCGGUGUCAUGCGCUGUCCCAGAUCUCUCACCUCAGAUGGCAUCGAACUGCAGCUGGGAGUGAAUCACAUGGGCCACUUUCUGCUCACCAACUUGCUAUUGGAUCUGCUAAAGAAAUCCUCUCCCAGUCGAAUUGUUAAUGUCUCCAGUUUGGCGCACACUCGUGGAGAAAUUAACACAGGCGAUCUGAACAGCGACAAGUCUUACGAUGAGGGCAAGGCCUACAGCCAGAGCAAGUUGGCCAAUGUACUCUUCACAAGGGAGUUGGCAAAGAGAUUGGAGGGCACCAAAGUGACGGCAAAUGCCCUGCAUCCAGGUGUGGUGGACACGGAAAUUAUCCGGCACAUGGCCUUCUUCAAUAACUUCUUUGCUGGACUCUUUGUGAAGCCACUGUUUUGGCCCUUUGUUAAGACUCCCAAAAAUGGUGCUCAGACCACAUUGUAUGUGGCUCUGGAUCCCGAACUGGAGAAGGUGACGGGACAAUAUUUCAGCGACUGCAAACUAAAGGAAAUGGCACCGGCUGCCACCGACAGUCAGACGGCGAAGUGGCUCUGGGCAGUCAGUGAAAAGUGGACCACGCCUACAAUGAUAAAAAUACACUAGUUCGCAUUGUAAAAAAAUGUUACUUCUGUCUCCCGCAUAAAUUUUACGUUUUCUACA